CGCUGACAUAACGUGACAUUACGUUACGGAUGUUGAUGCUGUUGUGUUAUUGAAUUCUUAAUCAUAAUUCGACUCAAUACGUAACACAUAAUAUUUCGUUAUAUCAUCACAGUCCGCCAUCAUAACCAUAUUGUAACUGCAGUUAGUGCUAUCAGUUAGUCAGUAUGGGUGAUACGAGAAAGAAGAAAAAGUUUUACUUUCGCAAACGAAGAAACAAAUAUUUCUUGGAACCCGGCUUCAGAGGCUUCUUUUGCACGUGUAACUUUAGAGAAAAAGACUGUGUGAAAGAAGUGUAUAACCUUUUGAACGAGUAUGCUGGGAAGCUGUAUCCGGACCUGGGACUGGAACAGCCGUCUGCAGUGCCCGAGUCCGCCGCGCCCGAGGACAGGUCAGACAGCGAGUCAGAGGAUGAGACGGACAUCGGUGACAUGCUGAAGCGCGAAGUGGAUUCCUUGAAGAAAGAUUCUCAGAAGUCGCUGAGGCACAAAAGAUUCCAAGUUGUGGAAACAGGUGCAUCCAACUGCAUUUUUGUCAAAACAAAUCUUCCUAGUCCAGAAGAGCUGACCACGGCCAUAAUUAAAGAUUUGGUGACAACUAGGCUUUCAAAGACUCGCCAUGUGUUACGCUUGUUACCAAUCAUGGCUACCUGUAAGGCCAACCUACCAGACAUCAUGGAGUGUGCGGGCAAACUCUUUGAUAAGUAUUUCCUGAAGGAGUCUUCAUCAUUUGCUAUCAUCUUCAACAAACGCUUCAACAGUAGCGUCUGCCGGGAGCUGAUCAUAAAGGAGCUGGCCGAGAUGGUUGUCCUGAAGAAUGCCAACAACAAAGCGGAUUUAAAAAAUCCUGGGCUUUGUAUAAUAGUGGAAAUUAUAAAGGGUAUAUGCUUACUAAGCAUCGUGGACAAUUAUUUUACUUAUAAAAAAUAUAAUUUGAAUGAGCUGUCUAAAGACGACACAUCAAAUGAUUCCGAGGGUACUCAAGCUAAGAAGUUUAAGAGUAGUGUGACCACACCAACUGAAGAAAAGAAAGACUCUGGAGUCAUCAACUUAGAAGUAACUUAGAUAAUUCAAAUGCUAUUGUUAUACUUGAAACUCAGGUUAUCAAUAAGCUGACCAUUAAUGUUAAGUCUUUACUUAUAUUUCUACUCUACUUAAUGUAUUUGUAGUCCAAUUUCUAGGUACUACCUAGAUCUUCGAUACCAACUCUUAUACCAAAAUUUGUCUUAUACCUAAAUUACUCAAAUUUUUCAUAAAUUAUUAUAAACCCUUAUUAAAUAUACAUGUGAACUGA